AUGCUCACAUCUACUAUUCCUAUGUACGCCGCCGAAAUCUCCGAGUCUCGCUUCAGGGGUUCUCUCUCCGGUCUACUCCAGUGGUUUUUGUCUUGGGGUUUCUUCGUCGCCCAGUGGCUCGGAUAUGGUUGUCAACACGUCAAAGGACCGUUCAGUUGGCGUUUCCCUCUCGCAUUCCAGUGCAUUCCCGCCGUCAUCCUGGUUGUUGGUGUUUGGUUCUUGCAGGAAAGUCCUCGGUGGCUGGCGGAAAAAGACCGUUGGGAGGAUGCCAGAGCAGUACUUCAAAAGCUACACCACGACGGCACCGCAGAGACCGACCAACGUAUCGAGCUGGAAUUCCGUGAGAUCAGGGAUGUCAUCGAGGCUGAUCGUAUCAACAACUCGACUUCCAUCAGCAAAAUCUUUACCAAGCCAACCUGGCGUAAGCGUCUUCUGCUUGGAUGUGGUGUUCAAGCCUUUGGUCCUCUCAGUGGCAUCAACGUUAUUAACUACUACGGUAAGUCUUGCACAUCUGCGGCCAGGAAUACACGACUGAUAUUGCUUCACCAGNGUCCGGAGAUUUACAAGAUUCUUGGCAUCAGCAACUCGACUUCACUCAUGAUCAUUGGUAUCAGCGGUUCGCUGUCGAUCGUGUACUGCACCAUCGGUCUCUGGGCACUCGAGCGUUUUGGUCGUGUUAAGCCCCUCAUCAUCUCUGCCUUUGGCCUUGGUGCCGCUUUAGUCUGCAAUGCUGCUAUGUCUCAACACCUGGACCCCACCAAUGAAAACAUGCUUCGCGCCAUGGUCGCCAUGAACUUUGUCUUCUCCCUCUUCUAUACUCCUCUUGGUAUUAUCUCUUGGGUAUACCCAGCUGAGAUUUUCCCUGUGGAGGUCAGAGCCUUCGGAAACGCAACAACUACGUUCACGAACUGGACACUCAACCUUAUCUUUGCUCAGUUCACUCCUCAAGCACUGGACUCGAUUGGCUUUCGCUACUUCUAUGUCUUCUUUGCUUUCAACAUGAUCGCCAUGUUGUGCUACAUCUUCUUCUAUCCUGGUAAGUUACAGUAUCAUUCGAACGUAGAUGGGUUGCCGCUAACAGAGCUUCUGCAGNAAACCAAGGGUAAGACUCUGGAACAGAUGGAUGAACUGUUUGGUGAUCAAUUGGUGUCUCAUGCUCUAGAGGAUCCCAGGGGUGCUGCUAUCGCCAUGGAAAAGAACAACAUCGAGAUCUGUGAGGACAUUGCAAAACACUGA